GUCUAGAAAAACAAAAUGGCGGAAGAAGGAGACCACGAACCUGUGACGGAAAAUCCCGAGGAAUCAGAAGAAAAAAUCGAAUAUCCUCUAAUAGUUCAAUACUGUGGAGGUAAAAAUAUUUUCGCAUGUUGCAUAUAAUUCAAACGUAUUUAACACUAAAAUACUUUUCCUGUUUUUUGUUUUGUUAAUUUGCCACUGAUCGUGGACUGGUUCGCCGAUGAUUGUCUCCUCAUCCAGUUUGUAGCCUGCCCCUUGAGGUAAGGUUUUAUGAGGAUGCUGUUUUCUUAGUUUCCUUAAUCAGUAACUUUCUCUAGCUCUGUAUGUAAUGUUCCUUUUUUUUAAGUUUGGUAUCUUGGUGCUACAAAUGCACUUCACACUGAUGAUGGUGCAAUUUAAAAUUCACCUCAGUGUUGAGACUAUUGCAAUUACAGUUGUAUUUCAACUAUGAGAACUCUAUUGGGAUGGUUGAAAUGAGUUUAAUAGUCACCCCUAUAGUAUGUAUUAUGUUACAGGUCAAAUUCUAGGUCGAUUCUAAUGUCUCCUAGCCAUAGAAGACCAAAGGAAAUUGAGAAUCAACCUAGGUAAAAAAAUUCACCUGAAAUCAAUACGAAUAUUGUGAAUUAUAAGGAAUCUCACUUUAAUCUUCAUGAUGAGAAAAAGGUUUGGGAAGAAGUUGUUGCUCAUUAGCAACCACAGUAAUGAAAUAUUGGGGACAGUUUAUCCCUUUUGUUUUAAAUAUCCAAGUAGUAUUAAUUUUGUGAGAUUUCCAAACAUUUUUACUCAUCACUGACACUAGAGUCAUAUUUGUCUUUGUUAGUACUGUGAGUACACGGCAGAAUAUGAGAAGUGUAAGGAAUGGCUCAAGUCAAAUAUCCCUGAUGCUUAUGAAGUUCUUAUAAACCAAGGUAAUUUAUUGAACACACUUCUGUUUAAUUUGUUUGAUUAUUUAUACAUUGUAGUCACCAUCUGUCUUCUCAUUGGCUAAAAGCCUACAGUUAAUUCUGGGAAACAGUGCAACCUACAGAUUAGUGAAUAAUCUGUAGGUUGUGCGCGCAAUGCAUGAUUUCCAAGAGCAAUGUCAAGUCCACGGACAGCAAUGUCAAGUUCGCGGACAGCGAAGUAAGAAUGGCUUCUCGAUUCAUUUCAUUGACCCAGCAAGAAAUUGAGAAAUUACUUGAAGAUAAAGUAUAAUAAAACAAUUAUUAGAUUCGGUUUUUGUGAUAUCCGGAAUAACCAAGGUCUCGGUUAGUGUUAUCAGCCUCAGCCUCAACUUGGAUUGUUCGGUUAUAACAAAAGUUGAUAAUGUUUUGCUAUUACUUUAUAAUUAACUUGUUUUCAAAAGGCCAAACAAAGGUAAAAAACGGAGGCUGAGCACUUUAUGCAAAUUGGAUAUCCCUCGACACAGACCAAUUUGUGGUCUUUUCCCAGCUGAAUGUCAGUCUUAAUGCGAGACUUUUCAAUGACUUGAGGGCUCUGACUAAUUUGCCAAACAUCUUCACCACUUUUGCUGUUGUUUUAAUUGAGUGGCUAGAAGCUGAAUUCCAAAAAUACUAGAAAGUUGUUCCUCAUUAUUGGAGACUUGUUGAGAAAAAGAGACGAAAAUCUGAGUUUCCUGGAAAAAACUGUACACGUCAUCUUAUUUACACAUGGGCAUGUGUAAAUAAAGGUUUUUUUCAUUGCGACUCAAUAGUAGUUAAUAAAGGGUAAGCAUGCACGCUAUGUUAUAAAUGUCUUUUGUUAUUGUUAGCUGCUGAACAGUUAGCCGAAGUGGAUGUCAGUGAAGGUGCAGCAAAAAAGAAGCAGACAAGAGGUAAUUUCAACAGUUGAACCUCCAUGUGUGACCACCUCUUGUAAGCGACCAGCUCUCAUAAGGGCCACUUAUUUAAAACACCAAAAUUUCCCCAGUCAAAGCCCUUCUGUUAGAACCUCUCGUGAAUGACCACCUCUUAUAAGCAACUGAACCCACUUUUUGGCCUGUAGUUUUGUAGUUUACCAUUGUUUUUAGCGGGGCUCCCACACGCAAAGCGCACGUGGGACAGAGCCCCAUACCCAUAGAUUAUGGUCAACCUCUUUUCCUUUGGUUGUCAUGUGAUUGACCGAGCGUACGUACGUACGUACCUACGCGUCUACGGAUUGUACGGGUGGGGUAGGGGAGACUAUCAAAAGGAAGGGAGGGGUGACUCAGGCGUGUCUUGCCAAGUCCACAUCUUUUACAUUUGACAUUCACAAGAUGGUCAAUUGACAGCUGUCAAAACAGGAUAGCCACUGAUCAGUAUCCCAUGAACAUAUCGCAGGCUCAUGUGUCAACUCAUUGAGGUGACGUGAUUUAUUUGGAAGCUGUCCGCUGACCGGUUAAUUAUUUUACUAGAUCGCGAUCAAUGUUCAGUCUCAUACUUUCUAGCUAGUUUGGGAUCGGAGCACAGGAAAACUGAUACACGUCAAUGUUGUGAUCCAUUGACAGCUGUCCAAACAAGGUAUCCGCUGACCAGUAUCACUUGACUGUAUCGCGGGCUCAGGUGUCGACCCAUCGAGGUCAAGUGUUUUUUUGAAGUUAUCGGCUGACAAGGUACUGGUUUUCAAAUGAUCGCAGGCUCAAGUUUAUUAUUUUUUUUAAAUUCAUAUGAAAUAUGAAAUAUGUUGUGUUUAUGUGCCGCACAAUUAAAAUUUUGAUUUCAAACUGACCUCGGACGCGAAAAUUCAGCCAGCCGCUACAGGCAGGGAAAACAGCUGCUUUAGAUUUUUCUCGCCAUGUUCACGCGUUGGUCACGCUCUACGUCCAAUUUUUAUGCUCUGAUUGGUCAAAAUUUGACAGGUGAGUCCAAGCAGAAAAUUUAUGCAGCAUCUUGAAUCUUGUUUACUUUGACAGCUGAAGCUGACAGAGUUUUGUGUCAACUUGUGGUGUUUUUAACUUUUUUUUUCCACUGGAUGUACAAAAUGAAAUUGAGCUGCUAUCAGGAGUCUUCUGUUAUUCAUGGCUAGUUUGUUUAUUGGGUUUUUGGUUGAGUCAAAUUCGGAAAUCCGAUUUCGGAUGGCAUCGUUUUCGUUUUCAUCUUGCUUAAUGCGUAACAGGGUUGCAAAGUCUGAAGCGAUACUGGCCUUACUUGAUACCUUUCAGGAGCUGCAUCUCGAGUGGUAAGCCUAAGUAAUUAUUGUAUUUGAUGUUUGUUUUUUAUUCCUGAUUUAAUGAAGUCGAGUAUAGUUUAUGCGGCUAUUUUGUUUACGCACGUUUGUAAGAUUUGAGACAAUAAUCUGACCGAGUAUCAGGUUUGUUAUAAGCUUACAGAUCUUUAAAAAGCCUUUAGACAUUUUCUCACCGCAAAUAGAAAGAAAAUGUUUCAAAGGAUAUUUAGUUAUAAUUCUGUUAAAUUCGCAUUAAACCGUUUUAAAAUAAAAAAUAAACAUAAUAAAUUCUUUAUCAUGUUGGAGCGUAACUCUGUUAAUGUUCAUUCAAACACUCGCCACUGCUCGCACGGUAAAAGUCAGAACCUGCUGGCCGUAUAGAUGAUUUUGAAAAUUUUUUCAACGGUUUACGGCUAAAGCCCACGCGUGCUUCGAUCGUCCUGAAUAGCAAUUUGUAUCGCAAUAUUGUGAAAUACUGCAUUCUGUUGUCCGAGGUCUGUAUGGUAAAAACAGUGCCUUAUAGUACUGUUUCACCUCAGAUGUGAUGUAUAAAUGAUAUANCGGUUUACGGCUAAAGCCCACGCGUGCUUCGAUCGUCCUGAAUAGCAAUUUGUAUCGCAAUAUUGUGAAAUACUGCAUUCUGUUGUCCGAGGUCUGUAUGGUAAAAACAGUGCCUUAUAGUACUGUUUCACCUCAGAUGUGAUGUAUAAAUGAUAUAAAAGGUUGGUUUACACGCACCCAGAUUUGUUGGCAAGAUUUUGUGAAAAAAACUUGUCGAACGCAAAAAAUUCAGCCGGAAUUUUUUUUCCAGGCCUACUUAAUCUACGGUGAUCAAGAGCCAUUAUGGCUCUUAAUAAAUGUGAUCGAAGAUGAUUGCCAGUUUUUGGGUGUACUUAUGAGGCUAUCAACUAGAUGUGAGAUUUGGUUCACUCUUGGGCUGUUUGCAAAUUAUUUUUUGUAAAACCACUUAGCCUUUCGCUGAAAAGUCACACGAAUGUGCUCUAAAGUUAACUGAAUUGUGGAAUACAAGUUUAUUGUUUGAUUUAAAUCAUAAAUUUAUUAAUGGGAGCCUCGCUUUUAGCCCUGGCUAAAUCUAUAUGUUAACCUCUUUUAAGCAACCACUUGAUGCUUGGUGUGCUCUCUUUGUUUACUGUAUGUACUACAAAGAACUUUCAGUAACAAGAUGGAACUGCACUUAUACAUAACUUAGAAAUUGAAUGAAUUUAAUUCUCUGCCACAAAAUUGAUGUGUUAGGACAUUUUCUGGGAAGAGAUCCCCUGUGGUUUGAUUCUCAUGAGCCACUACAUGUGCCUCCCGUAAGCAACCAUAAAAUUGUCCCAGCUUUGGUGGUCAUUUACGGAAGGUUUGACUGCACUUUCAUAUCUCGAGUUCCUCAUUAUCAUAUAUGACGUAGUAUUAGUAUGUAAGAACUUUUUAGACCAUAGACCAACUCCAUACUGUACUUAUUCAAAUGAAAAAUUCGUGGCAGCACUUUGUUGUUGCUUGUGGCUGUCUUGGAAGUGCAUAAGGCGUUUACAACCCUCUUAAUAAGAGUUUAAUGAUUAAAAGAAAAGUAAGAAGAUUCGAUUCCCUGAUUUUAUCUAUAAGUUUCAAGCUACCCUGUUUCAAAAGUAGCUCAGUUGCUAGAGUGCUUGUCUGUAGAACAUGAAGUUGCAGCUGGUUCAAUUUUUGGGAUAUAACCAACACUUGCAUGUAUACUUAUUUUCUUAAAAGAAGCGACAAAGUACUACAUUUCCCCUGCAAAUGGCCAGACUUUUGGGUAGUUCAGAUGAUGUAUAAAUGGCAGGCUGUGUCAGUAAGAGACAUACAGUCAUGUAAGAGUUGGUGUCCUUAAUAUGGUACUUGCAUGAUAAUUACAUUCAUGUGACACUUAAAUAAAGUAGGUUUCUGAUUAAGAAAGCCCUCAUAACUGUAAGUCAAAUAAUGUGGUAUACAUUGUUGGAUAGUACUGUGUGUAAACACAUACUUGUUUCAUGUUUCUUGCUUUAUUCCUAGGUGGAAAGGGAGUUGUGAGAGCUCCAAAGAAAAAGGUGAUUUAAAACUAUUGAAUAUUGUUUUGUAACAAUCUUAAGCUUGGUAUAUUUUUUAAAUUUCAAUAGACUGCUCAUUGGGCAGUGUGUAGGAGACCAGGUGACUCGUCCCUGGUCAUCUCUAUAUUUUGGAUGAGGGAAUCACACAAGAGGAGCAGAACAUGAGAAUCUUGAAUAUUAAUAGGAGACUGAGAGUUAAUUGGGAGCAAGUCAGGUGGACAGGUCCAAUGCAUUUUCAUGUUUAAUUUUAGAGGUCACAUAAGGGUGGGCAGAGUCAUAGUGUCUUACCACUAGUACUGAUCUUUUUUUUUUUUUUUGCUGCUUCACACUUAUGAGCCCAAAGCUGCAUUACCAUUGAGCAGCAGGUGACCUUUUCUUAUGUCUGUGAAAAUGCAAUGAACCAGGGUCGCCUUUCUAAUACAUAGUGUCAACUUGGAACAUAUAUCCUGGAUCAACAGACACUUUUGCUUCCUGGAUGUUGUAGAAAUAGAAUGUUGUAUCUGCUGCCUGUUCAGCUGUGUCUGAGGGGAGGACAUGAUGCAACUUGGCUAUUAAUAGCAAUUAAGGCAUGUUUUCACUAGUGAUUUGUUUAUGUUGACUUUGUCAUUGUUCUUAAUUAAGAAUGUGACCAAGAAAGUUGUACUUUCAAGAGCACAAAGAAACAAAAAGAAGUAUGUGACUGUUGUGACUGGAUUAGGUACAUUUGGUAAGUGAAAAUUGUAUUAACUUGUUUGGUUGUUUUUCAAAGCACACUGGAUGGAGUUGCUACUAGUUGCUGGAUCAGAAGAUGUUGGGUUUCAAAUUUUCUUAAUCCUCUAUUAACCAUUUUUAAAAACAUUAUACAGACCUUGACUCUUAUCAUGAGGUUUAAUGAUUUUUGCCUGGUCUUGGCUGCCACCGUGAGGUUUUUUUACACACAAACAUGUCGCCCCACCACUGCAAAAUUUGUCUCCACCCUGGUGUAUGAUUAGGUAGUUUUAACAGAGGCUGGAAGUAGAUUUUAUUACUCUGUAAAUUAAUAAUUAUGAUGGACUGGAAUUUCACCAAUAAUGAUAAUAUGGUAAUAAUUAUCUGUGUAGUAACUCAGGCCCGUAACUAGGGGGGUGCACAGGGUGCGUUCGCACCCUCCCCACAGGCCCCAAAGGUCCGCAUUUUGAUACUCAAUAUCCAAGUUAAGGAGUGCAAUCGGUUAAACUAAAGUUUCAAACUUAACAGUGAUAUUUAAACAAAAUCAAAGAAUAGAAAAAGUAGUAGCGUAUUCACGGGGAAAAUAAAACCAGCUGCACUCUAGUAGCCCGAGUCCUUCAGAACAUUUCAAUGAGCGCACAGAUGUCUGAGCUUAUCUAAAUGAAUAAUGAAAUUAACGUGUGCACGCUUAAGGAGUGUGAUGAUGAUCUCUUUCCAAAUAUAUAGAUGUUCCUCAUGAUAUGCGCCACAAUCCCUGCAAUGAGCUGUGAAUGUGAAAGAAGUGCGAGUUCUUUAAGGCGGCUGCAUACAUAUAACAGGGCAUGCAUGGGCCAGGAAAGGCUGUCCUUCCUCGCACUAAUGCACAUACAUUAUCAAGCUAAAAUUGUUUUGGAUGAGGUGGUAAAUCUUUUUUGCCACCAAACACCCACGGAGGCUGGAGCUCGGGACUAUUCUGAGGGAUUAGUUCCGCAGUAUUUUGAUGUAUCAUUUUAUAUCGUAAAAUUACUCCUCUAUAACUUAAUUCAAACAGUUGUCUUCGACAAAUGUAAUAUUCAGUUCCUACCAUGUACUUUGCCGUUACAAUUUCUCAUGUAUUGCUUCUUCCCUAAAUAAACGGAUCAGACAAUAAAAAUACAUUUCGGUAGUUUGGUCCACUUUGGCCUCGUUAGUACCCCCCCACAUAAAACCCUGGUUACGGGCCUGUAACUUCAUGUACAGCUGCUUUGUGUGCCCUCUGUCUUAGCAUAUUUUUACAUAUUUUUUGGUUACAUGUACAGGUAAGAUAAUGGUGUCAUAAAAAAGUUCAUCCUAAGGGAAUUUUUUUAAACUAUUUUAACGGGGUAUUGUCCCUGGAAAAUUUACAUAAUUAUACUCUGUCGUAUUUGCCACUUAUUAGUCGAAUAUAUAUGUAGCUCCCAAUACUCCAAUGACUCAGUCAUGUUAUUGAGUAGCCAGGUUAUCAAUCAGUCAACCUUUUUAUAGUUAUCAAGGGAUUCACAAAGUAACUCAAUAAAUUAGUAAACCUGUGAGUGAGAAAAGUAACUCAUCAAGAAACAUUUGUAUCUUAAAAGUUCUAAGCUGUUAUGUGCAAACGUUUUUUAGAUAUUGACUGCAAGAAGGCUGCCAAGGCCUUUGCUCAAAAAUACUCCUGUGGAUCAUCAGUGACAGGCCCUGAUGAAAUUGUCAUCCAGGGAGAUGUCUUAGACGAUCUUCUGGAUUUUAUUCCUGAAAAGUGGCCAGAGGUGAUCAUUUUUAUUCAUUAUUCAUUCUUAUUUCCCCUAUAUUUUCAUAAUCAAUUAUUUGUGUUGUAACAACAAAACAGUAUAAAGAAAUUUCUCUCAAUAUUGCUUUCAAGCGAAGAAAAAUUAAGAAGCCUUCAAAUGAAAGCUCCCAGGUAGAUUGGAGCAGGGAAACGAGGAGGAUGCAUGCAAUAAUUAAUGAAGUAAAAAAUCCCGGGGGGUUUCCCCAUAAAGGCUUAUACAGGGAGGAUCUGCCUGAAGGGGGUACCUUUUUCAGGCUAAAGGGUAGGGAUUCACAAGUUGAAGUAUAUGAAAGGGUAGGAAAAUCGUUUAAGUAUUUAAAAGGUCUUUUAUUUAAAAUGCUUCAAAAAGACGUGCCUUGCUAUAAUUAUCAUUCUAAUUUAUUAAAAUGUUACACGAAAAUGGCAGAGGGAGUUGCUGUUGUAGGCAUUUAUUCUUAUUCUUAGAUAUAGAUAUAAAGGGGUACCAUUUUACAGUGGAAGGCAUACAAAUUAAAAGGGGUACCUUCUGCGAAAAAUGGUGCAUAAAAGGGGGAAUGGUUGAACCUCUGGGCGGAGCCUUCCCGUACAGAACUUUGGUUGAGUAACCCCUCCCCCCACCCUCCCCCCCCAUCCUCUAUAUAAUUUUCUUCUGAACAAGUGUGAUGACCUAUCUAGUCAGCACAUAUCUCAUAACCAUGGUGACAAAAAAAACAACCUCUUAGAUUUACAAAAUGUUUUUUACUCCAAGCUAGGAACAGUGCUUCUGGGGAGUCGUAAUCAGAAGCGUUAGAGCGUUAUGAUCUAGUGAAAACAACGUUCUGAUUCCCCUUAUGACUCCGUUGCUUACGGUCUAGUGAAAGCAGGGUUGUCUGAGUCGCAAGCAGAAGCGGAAGAACUAAACCAAUAACAAAGCGUGAGAACAAGCAUUGUGAUUGGUUUAUCCUCGCGCUCCUGCUUCCGACUUCCGACUCCAACAAUCUGGUUUUGACAAGAUCAUAAGCGAAGGAGUCAUAAGCGGAUUCGGAAUAAAAACAAAAACUUUCGGAUUCUUCCGACUCCGAUUCUGUGGCGCGUAUCGCUCCGCUUACGAAUCCGAUUUUUGAUUUUGACAAAAUCUUAGGCGCUCUUACGACUCCUAUUCCGACUUCGCGGCUGUCAGCUUUAUAACCUUUUUUUUCCUUAUCCACUUCUCUACUGAUCCUUUUCUAAUGUUUUAUAUCAAGCUUUACAAUUUACAGUUUUCUGGUUAUAAUAUUUGUUAAAACUCUUGCCUUACACUGUUAACAAAUAUUUUGAUGUUUUUUUGUAACUUUAGAUUGAUGAUGACAGCAUAGAAGAUCUCGGAGACCAGAAAAGAUAAUACAGAAUUUCACCGAAAAACCUUUGUGUAACAAGACGCUACAGAGCGUACCCUUUGGCGUCGUUGUUGUGGAACUAAUUAAUUGUAAAGGCGGAGGAAUAGUAAGAAAUCAAAUAUGGUAAGAGUAAGGUGUUAAUUUGUGAAAUUAUGGGAUUUGUCAGGAUAUUCUGAGAAGAGCAACACCCAAGAGGCCUAUUUGCCAAAAACUAGCAUUUCGGGACAAAUUGUCUCCGAGAUAUUAGCCCUGUUAUGCUCUGAGGACUCCAUACAAAUCCUUCUAAAAAAACAAUUCUCUAUUUUUCUUAGUCACAUCAGGCUUCAAAAGCAGCAUAGCAGUCUCAUGUACUGAAUAAAGAUAUGUAAGGCAUGGGUAAGGAGUCAAUUACGUUGAGCAUGGAAUUAACUAAAAAUCAAAGUCACGAGUUCGAAUGUUUUGAGGAUAAUUAUUCACUGACUAUCAGCACGCAGGGAUGUCGGAUUAACACAAGGAAGUUGUUAAAGCUCUGUAAAGAUAGCCUUUACAGAGCUUUAAAACACAGCAUCCUUGCAAACUUGACUUGAACUUUGAGUAAAACUAAACAGCCUCUACCAAUAAUAACAAACUGUCACUUGAACUUCGGAUAUCUUGCGGCUUCCGCGAACUUGUAAACACAGAACCUGAAAAUCGACCUUCGUCACACUUGACUAAACACAGCAGUCCAGCUCGUGGGAAAAAACUUAGUUCGUCAAAAGAACGCGCUUGGAACUUGUAUACCGUUUGACAUAAGGUUCUAGAAAAUACCAAACAGGCGAAUAGUAAUAGCUUUUCGACAUAUUUUAUGAUUUCAGCAACUGAUGCAAAUCUGCUGAGUCAUGCUGAAAUGUAAACAUGCCCUAAUUAAUUAUUCAUGAAUAAUCCAAAAACGUAGAGAACGUUCGAGAAAGUCACGCAACGCAUGAAAGCAAUUUUACUACGUAACACUCGACAAAGACAAAAUGUCUUUGUGCAGCAUUUUGUAACUUUAAAUUCAUCAUAAAACAGUUCGAAAGGAGGGCUCACUCGUGAAAUGUUUUUCAACACUCGAAGAGAAAUUUCGUGUCUCUGCGCGGCCACGAAAUAUCCUCGAGUAAUUAAAGACUAAACUCGAAGUGAUCUCGAGAUAUCACGAAGUAGUCCGGUCUCAUUUGGGGAAAUAGUUGAAACAAGCCGAAAAGUCACGAACUUGCACGCCCAAUCUUGUCCCGAAACUAGUGCAUCAUUUCAUAACUAUUUUUCACAUCCCAAACAACCUUGGGUCGCAGUAGCGCAAUCGGCUAAUCCCUCAACUUAGAGUCUUCUCUGAUCUGACGGGUCACACAGGCGAGUCGGUUCAAACCCCGGGAAAGCCAAAAUGAUAAUUCUUUCUUCCUCGAAAAAGUUAAAGAAUAAAUCAAAGAAAUCUAAGUGAUCUCGAGAUAUCUCGAAGUAAUUCGGCUCUCACUUCGUCAAAUAGCCGAAUAGAACCGAAAACCUACAGACUUUGCUUGCCCAAUCUUGUCAAAAAAUUGUAACUUUGAUACAUUCCUGAGCGUCGCGAAUCCUUUACUUCGCGCUCCGCCGAAGUAAUAAAUGUAUUUGUAUUGUAAACAAGGCAUUAAUAAAUCGGAGUCAAACUUUCUAU